AAAGACAGACUUAUCAUGGCUUUCUCUAGUACUUUCUUAAGUUCUGCUCCCUGGAGGUCAUGUUGUGUUUGCUUGCUCUCGUCCCAGCCCUAUCUAAACAAUAUUGUGUUUGCUUUUGGUUUGCAGGGUUCUAUUCCCCAAGGAAUUGGGACACAUUUAGACAGCAAGAAAGAGUCAGGAUCCAAUGGCAGUACGACUGGAUCACAGAUUGAAGAGAAACAAAGUUCGGCGCUCUCUAGGAGGAAGAGGAGCAGAGCUACAGGCCCACCAGCAGAGGUCACUGAAUUGGCCACGGAUGGAGAGACCUCUGAAGUAGAGUCGCAUGCUUCUGGGAUUUCUUCUGUGUGUGAGGUGCAGGAGCCCAUUAUAAGAGUAACUAGAAAAAGACGAGUCGUAAUUGCACCCACCCCAAAGUCCAGUGUUAGGAAGAAGCAGAAACUAACUCCUCAGCAUGAAUCUCUAGAUGAAGGAGUUGUUUCUGAAGCAGAGUCACAUGCUUCUGGGGUUUCUAUGCUUGUACCUUCCAUAGAAAGAGGAAGCAGAACAACUAGGGCUAAUUCUCAAACAGAUUCGAGCCAAGAAUCACAGGCAGAAGUUGUAUCUGAUGCUGAGUCAUCCUGCUCAGGCGUUGCAUUGUCUAGGAUUGCAGCUGGGAGAGCAGCCAGGAAUCUGCAGAAGAAAGUACAGGCCCAAGAGGAGAUGAAGGAUACUAAGAUUACACCAGGAAAUAAAAAGCAAAUUUUGGGUAUAUCUGUGGAUUCAGAAGACUCAGAUAUUAAACAGACUUCUCAGUUAUCAGCAAGACCACUUUCUCAGAUAAAUAGCCUGACUUUUUCUAGUAAUGGCUUUGAUGAUUCCAUCCAUAGAAGUUCAGGAAAAGACUUAACACAGAACUAUCAGGAUUUGUAUACACAAGAGGAAGCAAAAGCUGAUGUUGCAUCUCUUACAGAAAUCAGGAAGGAGAGUUGUAAGAGUCUUGGUGAAGAGGACCGCAAAAUAAUAGAGGAAAAAGAAAUUAAUGAGAAAGAUUCCCAGUUGACUCUUUCUGAAGUUCAAGACGCCAGCCUUCAACAGUCAGUUUCUCAGAAUCAUGCAAGUGCCUUAAAUAACAAAGGCAAACCACAGCUUUCCCGGUAUGAGACUGUAAUGAAGUCAUUAGUGCACAAGUUUGCAGUUGUGAAAGUAAAAAGAUGGGGUAACGAGAGAGGGGGCAGCAUGAAGACGAAGGACUUGCCACACGUCGGUGACCAUAGUGAUAGUAAUGUGCCCACAAGUGUGGGUGUCAGUGAAGACAAGAACAGCCAGAGUGGUGCAGUUCCUGAAUGUGCUGCCAACCUAUGCAAGGCUGAAUUCAGCAUGCCUCAGGAUACAGAUAGUUCUGUUUUAUUAUUUCUUAGCAGUGAUGAAAGCCAACAGUCUGAAAACAGUGAGAAUGACAAGGACAUUUUGUGUUCUGUUGAAAACAGUGGCCAAAAGGAGUCAUCAUGUGAGGACUUGGAAGAUACAGCAUCCAAUAGCGCACUGUUUGUAAUUGACAAAACUCCUGGAUUGAGUUCUGAUAAGAAUUUUUACCUAGAAGAUACGGCACCAAGUGAAGUUUCUAUUGAGGAAGAGGAAGAGGAGGAAGAGGAAGAGGAAGAAAACAGUGAAGAAUCAUCUGACAGUGAUGAAAAUAAAGAUGAGUCUAGUGAUGAGGAAGACUUAUUAAAUAACACAAAGUCUAAGCUUCUGAAGUUGACAAGUAGCAGCAUAGACCCUGGACUAAAUAUCAAGCAGUUGGGUGGUUUGUAUAUUAAUUUCAAUGUAGACAAACAGCAGUCUCACAAGAAAACACUAAGACAGAUCAAGGAGAAAAAGAAAAACGAGCUUCUGCAGAAAACAGUCAUUACACCUGAUUUUGAAAAAAAAGAUUGUGUCCCACCAUACAGUGAAUCAAAGCAUCAACUUCAGAAGCAGCGCAGGAAAGAGCGACAAAAAACAGCUGGUAAUGGUUGGUUUGGCAUGAAAGCUCCAGAACUGACAGAUGAACUGAAAAAUGAUCUCAAAGCAUUAAAGAUGAGAGCAAGCAUGGACCCCAAAAGGUUUUACAAGAAAAAUGACAGAGAUGGCUUCCCUAAAUACUUCCAGGUUGGGACCAUUGUUGAUAAUCCAGCUGACUUCUACCAUUCACGAGUUCCCAAGAAGCAGAGGAAAAAGACUAUUGUGGAAGAACUGCUGGCUGAUUCUGAGUUCAGGAGAUUUAAUCGAAGGAAGUAUUCAGAAAUCAUGGCUGAAAAAGCAGCAAAUGCUGCAGGAAAGAAGUUCCGGAAAAAGAAGAAAUUUCGCAAUUAAAAUCCACAAAGCAUUUUAUAGAUUCCCCUUAAUUUGCUGAAGGUUAUCACAUAAUUUGUAUAAAUAUAUAUAAAUAUUUUGUGAUUUCUGUUUGGAAAUAAAGCUGACAAAAUAAAUCAUGUGACUCUUGGAAUAAAAAUAGGUAUAUGUAUAGAUAAUAUAUCUGGUUCUAGACUGUUUAAGGAAAAUGAAUAUUAAGUAUUUUAGUAUGUUUGUCCAGUUUUCAGUAUUUGGUUAUUUAAAGAAAAUACAGUUAGU